CACUCUGCCAGAUCCUGUCUUCCUUUUGUUGUUCUGUGUUGGUGUUGAUGUUGUGCUGUGCGGGGCCGGAAUUACCGUCCAAUUCACCGCCAGUGCAUUCACACCCUCUAUCGGCAUUAGCAUUGUUAUCGCACUAAUCCAAAUAUCUGUCAAGCUUUACAGUGGAGAAGUUACUGGAGAACGAGAUUGGAAUCGUAUGUUUUGCAGGGCAAUGUGGAGGAGUAGCUGCUUGAAGAUGGCAUGCGACGGGUUGCUGCACGCUGUGCCGAAAUAAGUGCCUGUGGAGGUUGUGGAGGAGGUCAAGAUGUGCGCUGAGAUGUCAGAGCUCCCUGCAUUGGCGUGAGGAGGUUAGUAUUGGGUCAUAGGAUUAGGGGUUUAAGGUGGGAGGGUGCGUGGGUGGGUUCCUGUAUGUUGCUGAGUAACCGGGGAGGCGAUGGGGUUUUCGGUUUUUCUCCACUCCGGCGUUUUAUUGGGAGCUGAGCAAUUCAGGGCAACUGGGUCGAGCCUAUUGGGGAAGGAACUAUCUUUUCGGAAGGUGUCGUUGCGACAACCUGCUCGAGUGGAAAAGAAAUUUGUAGGUUCAGUUAUUCGAAAUGAAGUUAGUGGUGGAGAGAUGACGGAGGAGAAGAACAAGUUGCUGAGAGUGGCGUCUACCUCAAUUGGUUUGAAUGCUGUGCUUCUGAUGUCUGUGACGAAGCCUGCGCUACCAGUAGUCAGACAAAAGGACGCUCCAUCAAGUUGGUUGUCACUGCCACUCCUUGCUGUGUUGGGAGCUAUCUUUCUCAACGCAAUUGUGCAGUAUAGAGUUGUGGAGCGCUUGACACAUCUUCCUCAACUGAAGGAAAGCACAGAAAAGGGUGACAAUACGUUAAAGCACCGAGUUGUGGAAUUAGAAGAAAAUGUUCGGGAGUUCGUCACUACUGCUCGGUUACUGUCUAGACAAGUGGAAAAGCUUGGGGUGCGGUUCCGGGCAACUAAGAGGACUCUAAGAGACCCAAUGCAGGAGACUGCAGCAAUUUCUGAAAAGACAUCUCAAGUGACGAUCGCACUUGCGCAACGAGAAGAUCGGCUGGAGCAGGAGCUGCGAGAAUUGCAACACGCCCUCCUCGCAAUGCAGGAAGCUCAAGCGAAGCAGUUGGCACUCAUUUCUCUCACCCUUAAUAGGUCGCAAACCCAAUGGCAAGCUCUGGAUUCUAAGAAGCCGAAGAGUGUUAUAAAUGGAAGCAAGUCAGUUUACAAACCUUCACUUGGCGCACAUGCACAAACCCUUGGAGGUUCUGGAUCUACCCAAGCUGUAGAGAAAUCAAAGGUCUUUGAAAGAGCCAGCAACGGACCAUCUCAACCGAAUGGAGCUAAACCUGACAGCGCCUUCUCUUCGGAUGAAAGUCUUUCCAAGAUUGAUUUUUGGAAGGACGAGGUGAAGCCUUCUGUUGCGCCUCCCUCCUGUGGUAAAACUUCUACCGCUUCCUCUACUUCUAAACGAGCGGAGGGCUCAGAAAAUUCUAAUCUUGGAAUUUUUUUCAGUGGUCGGAAGAGGAGUGUUUCUACCGUCACACCAACUGAGAAGAUUGAGAAAACUGUCAAUGCAGACACGCGCGAUUCAGAGAAUGUAAUUUUUCACGAAGAUGAAGAAUCUUCUGAGUACAUGUAUGUAGAACAACCGGAUUAUGACAGCGACAGUUGGCUACGAUGACAGCCGCAGAGUCUAGUCGAAGUAAUUGUGUAUAUGAAUACAGCAGAAAAUUAACCUGUAUGGAAUCACAAGCUUGUUGGCUCCUAAAUAAUCACAACAUUUUAAAGACGUGAUGUAAAAUUUAUGACUUGGAAUUCACACCCUUCA